ACGCUCAAGUUGACUUAAAAGGCAACGUUUUCUGCCAGUGAAAUCUGAUUCUGGUUGGCAACCUCGUCUUGUGAAGCUCGUCUCCCCUCCUAUUUGGUACCCGCACACGCUUACACACACACACACGCACGCUCUUUAACUAGGGGGACGGGCGGUGAGUGACAGGCCGCGCGGUAGCAGCAGAGGAGAUGAUUAUCAUACUGUAAAUUUAUACGAUUCAGUCCUGGCUAGACGGACCUUCUCUCAGCUUCACACACUUGGAUGAGACGAUCUUGGUGAUGACAUUGCCACCCCGUCGCCUUGGCACGGGACAAAAUAUAAGUGACGACCGUCUGACUUUUCCCGAAAAAAGAGAUUGAAAGAGAGUAAGUGUAUGAGAGAUAGAGAAAGAGAGAGAGAGGAACGCAACGAGGCGAGCUCGUGUGAAUGAAUGAGGACGGCGCAGGACUGAGCGAGCGCGAUGGAGAGCGAGGCUCCGACUUGCGAGGACGUGCGGAAGAGCGGCUACCUCCGCAAGCAGAAGUCCAUGCACCGGCGCUACUUCGUGCUGCGCUCGGCCUCGGAGCGCGGGCCGGCCCGCCUCGAGUACUACGAGAGCGAGAAGAAGUUCCGCGGCGGCAAAGCGGCGGCGCCCAAGCGCGCGCUCGCGCUCGAGGCGUGCUUCAACAUCAACAAGCGCGCGGACGCCAAGCACAAGCACAUGAUCGUGCUGUACACGCGCGCCGAGAGCUUCGCCGUGGCCGCCGAGAGCGAUGCGGACCAGGACGAGUGGUACCGCGCGCUGCUCGAGCUGCACUGCAAGAGUAAAGCACUGUGCGAUGGUAAUUCUGGAGAUUAUGGAGUUCCAUCUCCUGGGCCUGCGUUUAAGGAGGUCUGGCAAGUUAAAGUUUGGCCAAAAGGUCUUGGACAAGCUAAAAACUUAGUGGGUAUAUACAGACUCUGCCUAACAGAGAAGACAGUCAACUUUGUCAAACUCAACUCAGAUGCAGCAGCUGUCGUGUUACAGCUAAUGAACGUGAGACGUUGUGGCCACUCAGAAAAUUUCUUUUUUGUGGAGGUUGGCAGAUCAGCAGUGACUGGCCCUGGAGAAUUCUGGAUGCAGGUGGAGGAUUCAGUUGUGGCACAGAACAUGCAUGAGACUCUACUUGAAGCCAUGAAAGCCCUCAGUGAGGAGUUUCGCCAGCGCAGUAAAUCACAGUCUACUACAGCAGGAGCUGGGGGUGGUGCUACUGCAUCUAAUCCAAUAAGUGUUCCAUCUCGUCGCCACCAUCAAAACCCUCCACCCAGCCAAGUGGGAUUCAUCAGACGACCUCGCACAGAGCCACCGGGAGCCACUGGAGGAGGAGGUGGAAACAGCAAUUUUUGCUCCAGUGAUGGAGCAAAAAUAGAUGAGGGUAUUAAUGCAGGGACAAAGGGUGUUAAUAACAGUUCAAGUCCCACCACAAAUGGGUCUUGUUCCACCACGCCCAUUCUGAGGUCUACAUCUGUACGUGCUCCCACACCAGUCAAGGCACAGCAUACUCUGAUGAGGUCCGUCUCGACUCCAGCCCCUUCACCUGCACAGAACCUCUUCUACUCAGGCAAUGGAUCUGAUUUUGGAGCCACAAGUCAUGAAACCACUGCAGCUGGUGGGGAUGGAAAUGGAAGCACUUACAAUCAAAUGCCUCUCCGUCAGCCUUCGGUUUCUGGUUCACUUAGUGAUUAUGGUUCUUCAGAUGAAUAUGGUUCCAGCCCAGGUGAGCAUUCUUUGCUGACUGCAGCCAUUCAGGCAGGGUCUGUAGGUAGCUCAGGUGGGAAUGAAGCUUCCAACUAUAUUCUUAUGGCACAGAAAGGGGCAUCCAAUUCACUGCCAACUGACAACUCUCUGACACAGACUAGAAGGGUGUUAAGACGGUCUUCAGGUCGUGAAUGUGAUCCUGAACGUAGGAUGGUCAGCAAAAGGGCGUCUCUGCCACCCAUGGCCCUUGAGAGACUUGGCACUUACCGCAGAGGAGGAGAUCUAGAGAUUGAGGAAGACAACUAUGCUAUAAUGUCUCGAAGUACCAGCCGUGAGUCUUUCAGCUCACACCAGGAUUCAGAAUCAACUGUUGGUGGAACCAGAUAUCUGGAUGUUGCUGCAGAGUCCAAAGCUGAAGCAGGAAACUGCGAAACAGAUGGACCGACAGUUACUGCUAAUGGUAAUGGAGGGGGUGACAAUGGUUACAUGUCCAUGUUGCCAGGAGUAACAGCCCCUCCAGUGUCCCUCUCUCACUCACUAUCCAUAGCAGUGUCCGACUCUAAACCUGCAGAUGACUAUAUGGCUAUGACUCCCAACAAUACUAUCUCACUUCCUCAGCAGAUUCACCUUCCUACUUCUACCACAGAUGGCUAUAUGAUGAUGUCUCCAAAUAGCAGCUGUUCCCCUGAUCAGCGUGUAGUUUCAGGAGCCUGGAUUGGCAGGAAUAGUGCAGACAGUAGGUCUGGCAGUGAUUAUAUGAACAUGUCACCUAUCAGUGUUCGUGCCAACAGCACUCCCUCUCCUCAAGAGUCUCUUACAGCAUCUGAAAAACUUUCUCACCAACCUCCUCCCAAAAUGGUAUAUUCUUACUAUUCUCUACCCCGUUCUUAUAAACACAGUAGCCCUAAACAAUUUGAUGAUGGUUUAGGAAGAGGAAAAUGUCUAGGCAGUGAACAUGGAAAUAGUCAAGUUCUUGGCAGUUGUAGGGGCACAUCUAAUUAUCAAGAACCUGGAGGUGGACGGCACUUGUCUUUUUCCUCUUCAUCAUACUCAUCCAGUUCAGCUAGCAGUGAAAGUCUGGGGGAGGGGGAGGAAAAGCUCACCCAGGUGAGAAAAACAUCUUCAGGAGCUAAAGUAAAGUAUAGUGGGGCUCUACAGCAGAGAUUGGGGUCUUCAGCAGCUAAACAUGCACAGGGCCAGAGGAAUCGUCCUCUUAGUUUGUUUGUGGAUGUUUCUAAAGCCAAUACCUUACCAAGGGUCCGUGAGACCCCAGUCCCACCUGAGCCUAAAAGUCCUGGUGAGUAUGUCAGUAUAGAGUUUAAGAAUGAAAGAAGCAUCAGAGAAGUAGUUAGAGGACCUAGACAGGGUGGCUCCAUUCCUGCCAGCUCACAACGGCUCUUGCCUAGGCCCACCUCUUGUGUGGCUGGUUUCUUACCACAUCCUUGCAGCCCCUCUUCUGCUGUCCCUCCAUCUGUUGCUUCAGAAUAUGUCAACAUGGAGCUAGGAGCUCCCCCUUCACCAUCAUCCUUCUCCCUCACUCCCCUUGGUUUCCCUUCUUUUCCCAUACCUCCAACGCCACCUACAUCAGCACCCAAAGCUUGGGAUGAGCAGGAAUUAGCUCCACAAAAUGAAGAAGAGACUGAGGUGGAAAUGGUACAUUCUGGACACAGGUCUCUAUCGACCUCUGAGUCACUCGACUCUCCUAUACCAUGCGCUGACUAUACAGAAAUGGUUUUUGGAUUAAGCUCAGACACAACCUCCAGCUCCACCACACCUAAAGAAACACUGUUGGACAGACAAGAAUCCAUGGUUCCCAACUUAACCAUGGGCCUUAAUUUAGAUUUUCCAAUGUCCAAACUUUCAAAUCCAGAUCAUGGUGCUAAGGUAAUAAGGGCAGACCCUCAAGCCCGGCGGCGCCACUGUUCUGAAACAUUCCUGGCCCCUUCUUCAUUGUCCUCAUGCCCUGUAAGCUCCUCAUCCUCUAUGUGCGUGAUCAGCGAGCACACCCAAGCCAUAGCAUGGCGACUUGGUUUAGAUGGCAUUUUGAGUGGCAAUGGGGACUUGCUAGAUAUCCCAAAUCAGCAUACUAGCCAUGGUUUAACUAACAUAAAUACUACCCAGAUUUCAUCUACAGACCAAGGUCUCAACUAUAUAGACCUAGACUUGGCUACAAGGGAGAGCUCACAUCUUGCAGUUGAUGUUCAGACUACUGGCCAAACAGCAGCACGUCUCUUUUCAUCUGUUUUGGGCAGUGGAGCAUCUGGAGGUGCUGGAGGAACUGGAGGGUUGAGCAGUAAUGCAUCAAAUCUCAACACUUAUGCUAGCAUUGACUUCUACAAGUCAGAGGAGCUACGUUCACACCAAGGCCCCAACAGCAGCAAAGACAGUACAGAAUGUUGAAGCAUUGUCCUGGUCUUCUGGAAUACCAAGGAAUGAAGUCCCAGAGUUUUAUUGCACACACAAUGUGUGGCAGUUUGACUUUUAGAAAACAAACAGGCGGCGAGUCGUGUGUGUGUGCAAGGUCCAGCCGCCUCUGUGGCACUGAUAAACCAUUUUGUCUCUGUUUUUAGUUUGACUCGUUGCAGCAACCAGUAGGAUUGAGUGCCAAAAACUUUCCUUGCUGCCCAGAUUGGUUUUGUAACAAAUAAAAACCACAGCCAAUCGGAGGAGAGGAUGAAAAACGCCUGCCAAUCUGAGAGCCAAUGAGGUCCGGCAUUUGAACAGUUUGGCAAAAGGAUUCAGUCCAACAGUGGAACUUGAGAUCACAAUUCUUGAAUUAAGAACUUAAAAAAAAAAGUGCCUAUUGUUUUGAUUGUAGUUAUUUGAAAGAAGUUUUGCAGCUUGAGUUUGACUGAAGAACUGCUGGGAAGGCAUGAUCAUCAAGAAAGAAAUGGUGGUACUACAGUGAAUUGUUCAGAUGAUGGUGAUGCUCUGUACUGUGCUGUGCUGUUUGGUUAAUUAGUAUAGCAGCUUUACCAUUAGCUUUAGUACAGUACUCUGCACUCUCUUACUACUGACUGUCUCUGUUGAUUCCUUUUCACAACGCUGUCUGUAAAUCUCAUCUCUCACUCUCUGAUUCUUCUUUCUUUUUGCUUCAUUGUUUAACAUUUUUUUUCUUUUUUUAUGUGAAUUAAAUGUCCCUACUAUGCAUUAGUACUUUAGUGCCUAUCUGUAAUUCCAGCCCUCCCUUACGUUUUUUUGUUCUGCCGGUGCUCCUACGGUAGCAUUUACCCCACUGCGCUGUUUUUUCUGUAGUCUUAAGGUGGGGUGUUUCUCUGUGAUGGUACCUGCUGUUACUUACCUCAUGCAAACAUGCUAGCUGAUCAAGUCCAUGGUGGACUGUACAAAUAAUGUUUCAAAUAGGAAUGUGAAAGACAUUAUCAAACAAAAAAAUUCAGUAGAUGUCGACCUUUUUCACUGAUUUCCGUCCUUGGUUUUCUACAAUGGGUAAUAUAUGGAUCAGGGACUUGACUUGAUCAGUGUAAAUGGUAACAUCUGUGUUUAGCAUGUAAUACCAGCCUCCAUAUUGGUUGAUAUGAUCAAAGGCAAACAGUGCCAAAGUUAGAGUAAAAAUGGGCUCUAAUUAUAGUUCUCUCGCCAGUUUUGUAAUCCUUUUCUAUUUUCACUUUCUGGCAUAGUUCUCACUUUAAUUCAGCUUUUAAUGAUGGUUAACUGCUUUGUAAGAUCAAUUGUUCAGUAUAUUUAUGUGUAGGGAGAGGGCUGUUGUUGCACAAUGACCUGCCUCUAAAAAGACUUUUAAACGGUGUAGCUGGAAUCUGAUCCUGAACAUCACAUGCAAAAUAUGUCUAAUAAAGCAUGCUGAUGUGCAGACCUAAUAUAAAGAUAAGAAUCUGUACCAGCAUAUUUUCUUAUUCCUGCCUAUUGCUUGCCAUGUCUUACAGCAAAAACUGUGAAUGCCAAAAUGUUUAAGAUGUCCUGACCUGAUAGUGAGUAUCGUUUCCCUGUUGAACACAGAGACCUUUCUGUAGCAAGUACCCCCCAUAGCUCCCCUUCCCCACCACCCAGAAAAAAAAAUUUUCAUUCUAUUUGAAGAGUCAUAUUUUGCCAUUUUUUUGCACCUCACACUUAUAUAAAAAAUUGGGACAGAAAUAGUGUUAAACUGCAGUCUUUAAGAGAGGCCAGGUAUGGGACAACAUACAUCCCCUUUCUCUGAUCAAGUGGAUAUACAUUAUUGUAUGUCAAAGGUAAUUCAGGUGAUUUUGCCACAUCAUCUUGUAAAAAUAUGUUGUAUUUCUGGAGCAUUCCCACAGUUUGUUAUUUGCUGUUGGUUCUACUAGUGGGGUGGUUUUGGGGUAGUUUUUGGGGUGAAGGGUUAGAGCUACAAUCUUACGUGCUCAAAUUAUGUUUCUUGUAAAUUAGAAUGUCAUAUUGCAGUGUGAGCUGCCCAUUUGUGUUACUCGUGUUUGCCAUGUGUUUUUCUUUGUCAUGGUCCAUAGUGUUUUACAUCUCCUUCAGUAGCACUGGUUUUAUCACAAUAAAUCCACCCUCUAUACACCA